AUGAUCAGUGCUAGCACAGGCAUUCCCUGUAAUCUCUUUCUGACUGUUACCAAUCCUCUUUUCAUCUCUGGUUUGACAGCUCCCAAAGCUGCUGCUGUUUCUAUUUUCAUCACCACAGCUAACUUGGGUCACCUUUGGACCAAGACCAUGAAGAAGGUGGCGCAGGUCAUCAUCGACAAGUACUACUCCCACCUGGGUAAUGACUCCCAGACCAACAAGUACAUAUUCAAGGAAAUUGCAACCAUCCCCAGCAAGAAGCUCUGCCACAAGAGUGUGGGAUAUGUUACUCGUCUGAUGAAGUACAUCCAGAGAGGCCCUGUGAGAGCGAUCUCCAUCAAAUUGCAGGAAGAACAAAGAGAAAGGAGGGCUAAUUAUGACCCUGAGGUCUCUGCUUUGGAUCAGGAGAUCAUUGAUGUGGACCCUGAUACCAAAGAAAUCUUGACACUCCCGGACUUUGGCAGUUUGUCCAACCUGCAAGUUAACUAG